AUGUCCGAGGAGAACCUGCGAGAGUGCGCGGAGCCCGUGGAGCCCGCGGCCCAGGCACCCCCGCUGAAAACCAGCGACUGCUACCGCGUAAGUGAGGACCUGCCGGCCAGGUUCAACAACCCGGCAUGGUUCCGCGGCUACAGGACCAAGGAGCCCGUCUUGGUGUACAGGACCAGCAACCAGGCCUAUGGCGGCAGGGCCCCCACCGUGCACGAGAUGCCGAAAGUAUUCUAUGCAACUUCGAAUAAAUUUUCCAGAACACUAGCAGCAACUGGAAUGUUCCGGAACAAUUCUCUCAACGUCUACAUGGAGAAGAGCAUUGUGACAGGUGCCGACAACCACGUCACCUCCUUUGACCGGCUGAACUUCCAUCCGAGCUACAACGUCAGCAGGCCGUCCAUCUGCAGUGACUGA